CCAAAAAACAGUUAGGAUGAGCCUGCCUAGCACACUAGCCACUGAUGAGUGUGUCCUCGUGAGGGAAAACCAUAUACAAUAACAUCUUCAUCUCUUCAUUCAUGGCUUCUCUUCUAUCCUUCUCUCUCCCAAAACCAAGCAUAACCAAGGCUACUGCAACAACCCAAUCUAUUCCAGAGACUCUCGAACAAAAGUUUGGCCGAAAAGGUAUCAAAUUUUCAGAGUCCAGUGAUGUGCCAACCGUCGAGCUCACAGUCAGAAAUGGCAGCUCUGUGAGGCUCCGAAUACCGAACGGGCAUGUCACCUCCUACAAGCCCAAGGUUUACUGGAAAGACGAUGGGUUUGAGGAGGUUCUUUAUACUCUUCCCGGGUCAGGAGGUUCUUCAACCAAAUCCAAAGGUGGGAUUGGUUUAGUUAUCAAUGAUGUGUCUGAACCAAAUUCCAAAGGGUCUCUUGUCAAUUCCUCUGAAUGGAGUGUAAAGGAUGUGGAUUCAGAUUCCAUUGAUGCUCUCCAGGUUGAAUUGAGCUGCAUCAAAGGAACUCUAGAGAUGACUUACGUUGUCUCACUCUAUCCACUAAGCAUGGCAACAGCAGUUAUAGUGAAAAAUAACGGUCGCAAAGCUGUUAAUCUAAACACUGCUAUUCUUAGCCAUUUCAAAUUCAAGAAAAGGGGCGGGACAGCGAUCCAGGGACUCCGGGGCUGCUCUUACUGCACGCACCCUCCUUUAUCAUCACCUUUUGAAAUUCUAUCUCCAGCUGAAGCAAUGAAAUCUGAGGAUCCCGGGUGGUUCUCUCUUGGCUCAGAGCCUGAAAAGAAACCAGGAGUUUGGACUGUGCAAGAUGUGCCCAUCACCAUUUUGAAUAAUAAGCUUAGUAGAGUUUACGCUGCUCCUCCAACGGAAAGAUUGAAGGCAUUUUAUAACACCCCGCCGUCAAAAUAUGAGACCAUUGAUCAGGGGCGCGAACUCUUCUUCAGGGUAAUACGGAUGGGCUUCCAAGACAUUUACUUAUCAAGCCCUGGUUCUAUCUCAGAGAAGUAUGGCAAGGACUAUUUUAUCUGCACUGGCCCUGCUUCAAUGCUGGUUCCAGUGGUUGUCAAACCCGGUGAAGAGUGGAGAGGAGCACAGGUUAUUGAGCAUGAUAAUUUGUAAUCCCAUAUUUCAAAAGAUUAAAUUUAAAUCUGUAUAUUUUUUUCUUUCUAAUUUUUUUCGGGAAUAUGAUUUGAGUUUUUUAUAUAGGGAGAAAUAUAUUUGUUUA